AUUUGUAUUGGAUUGAUCCUAAUGGACAGGAUAUUCAGGAUGCUGUCCUCGUUUUCUGUGAUAUGGAGUUAGGUGCUACCUGCGUGUUACCAUCUCCGACCGUAUCAGGUUCUAUUCCGGCUCCUGAUCAGUACAGUUCACCAAUCUGGUUCACCGAUGUUCGUGAUGAAAUCCAGGUUACGUAUGGAAUCACAACGAAGCAAUUGGUAAGAUUGCAGCAGAUCUCGGACAAAGCUACUCAGAAUAUUACCGUCAGGGCCUCUGACAUGGAAGAAGAUUCGUAUUUCACCCGAGGGAAUAUGGAACUUUCUCUGCUGGGUUAUAACGAUGCAAUCAUAUCCUCCAAGAACAGUAAAUCUUUGCGAUACAAAACCGAAACCGAACAGAUCUAUAUCGAGCCUGAAAAAAUGACAACAGAAAAUCUGUUUUCAUAUACAACAGACCGGCCAGAGCGGUUACCGAUAAUGGAUGUGGAUCUCAGCGAUGUUUUCAAGGCGAGCACAUCACUCACAGAACUCGCGGUCACUGUUGGAAAAGCUUGUUUCUACUAAUAUUUUAAAUAAAUAUCAACUUGUAUUUUCAGAGUUUAUAUUAAAUUUUCAUUUCCAUGGAGAAGCUGUUAAAAAUCUAUGUAAAUAAAAAUGUAAGGGUUGAAACCUUGUGAUCCUCAA